UCCUUCCCCGGGGCGCUAGGACCCAGUGGAAAGUUGUCAUCCCAGCCCCGGAUUCCAGGCUGGCUUCCCUGGGUGUGACGUCAGCCAGCAGCCCCGUCUCCCCCCCCCCUCCAGCGGCCCCCCCCGCCCCGUUCCCAGGCCCGUAACAUUAGGCAGGAAAAUGUUACUUUCCGUCCAGCCCCGGGCCGCCAUCGCCACAUUUGGCUACAAUAAGACCAGCAAGAAGCAGCCUUAUGUGGCAGUGGCCCAGCAGAUGGCGCCCCCGAGUCCCAGCGGCAGCAACAACAACAGCAGCGGCGGCGGCGGCGGUGGCGGGGGCGGCGGGGGCGGCGGGGACCAGCUGAGCAAAACCAACCUGUACAUCCGGGGCCUGCACCCGGGCACCACCGACCAGGACCUCGUCAAGCUGUGCCAGCCAUACGGCAAAAUCGUUUCCACGAAAGCCAUCCUGGACAAGACGACCAACAAGUGCAAAGGCUACGGCUUUGUCGAUUUCGACAGCCCCACGGCGGCGCAGAAGGCCGUGACGGCGCUGAAGGCCAGCGGGGUGCAGGCCCAGAUGGCAAAGCAACAGGAGCAGGACCCCACGAACCUGUACAUCUCCAACCUGCCGCUCAGCGUGGACGAGCAGGAGCUGGAAGGGAUGCUGAAACCCUUCGGGCAGGUGAUCUCCACCCGCGUCCUGCGUGACCCCAACGGCACCAGCCGCGGUGUCGGCUUCGCCAGAAUGGAGUCCACAGAAAAGUGUGAAGCCAUCAUCACCCACUUCAACGGGAAAUACAUCAAGACCCCCCCGGGGAUCCCAGCCCCCUCAGAUCCGCUGCUUUGCAAGUUUGCCGAUGGGGGGCAGAAGAAGCGCCAGCCCCAGGGGAAAUACGUGCAGAACGGGCGGGCCUGGCCGCGGGACGGCGACUCGAGUGGCAUGACCUUGACCUACGACCCCACCACGGCUCUGCAGAACGGGUUCUACCCGACCCCCUACAGCCUGGCGCCCAACAGGAUGAUUGCUCAGACCACGCUCGCCCCUUACCUCCCGUCUCCCAUGUCCUCCUACCAGGUUCACAGCCCGUCCUGGAUGCACCACCAGUCGUACCUCAUGCAGCCCACGGGGACGGUGCUGACGCCGACCAUGGACCACACCAUUUCCAUCCAGCCCGCCUCCAUGAUGGGCCCCCUGACCCAGCAGCUGGGCCACCUCUCCCUCAGUAGCACUGGCACGGUAAGGCCCCCGUCCGCCGGCACCGGCGUGGGCUCCUCUGGGCACCAGCCGCCCCCUGACUUCUCCUCUCUCCCUCCCCAGUACAUGCCAGCGGCAGCAGCUUUGCAAGGAGCUUACAUCCCUCAGUACACGCCCGUGCCUUCCUCCAGCAUCUCAGUUGAGGAGAACAGCGGCCAGCAGAGCCAAGUGGCUGUCGAGUCUCCGUCAGACCACGCCGCCUACUCCUAUCAGUACAGCAAGUAACGGCAGCUGGACCAGGCGUCUCUGCUCCGAGCACUCGCCCCGAGGGAGAACGCCACCUCCUCUUUGAUUUGUGCUGCAUCUAGAAGAUCGAAUCCAUUUUUUUUUCUUCGUUCGUUUCUUUCUUUUGCAAAGAAAACAGUUUUUUGUAAAAAAACAAACAAACAAAAAACC